CCGUCUCUCCACCCUACCAAUUCCGGACCAGUCCUCGCUAUCGUGGAAGAGCAAAGCGCGCGUCGCAACGUCGAGCAAGCCCGAGGCACGCCCGUGCCCUUUCCUCGCGGCAAGGAAAUGCCGUUGCCCUCGCCCUCGCGCUCCUCGCCCCAUUGGCUGCGGGCGCUGCUGGAGGCCAUUGCAAGCCGCGGCCGCAGGCGCGGGCGGGGCCGCACAGAGCCAGCCGAGGCUCAUGACAACAGUGCGGGUGCACGGCCGGCUGACAGACCCGCACACGCCGACCCACCCAGCUCCGCGACUCCCCCUCCACCCAGUUCGUCCAGCCCACCUCCAUUCAUUCCCACCACCGUUGACCCCUCCACCACCCACCCAGCCACCUCCGCUGUCGCCACCACUCCCGCCGCCAGCACCGUUAAUACCAUGACCGCCAUUUCCACCCCCACCGCCACCACUGCCACCACCACCAGCACCACUGCAACUGCCCCCGCCCCCGCCGCCACCAGCACCAGCACCAGCACCCCCACCGACACCCCCACUGCCACGAGCCUGCUGGACCUCCUGUCCAGCGACGUAGCCGCCCACCUGUGCGCGCGGCUGCCCGGCGGCGCCAAGCGGCGGCUGCGACUGGCCUGCCGCGCCGCCGCCGCCGCCGUAAACGCCUCGGUGCGGGUGCUGGUGAUCGACCGCCCGUUGCCGCCGCCGCCGCCGCCGCCAGGGGCGCAGCACACGCUGCCGUUGCCGCACACGCCGCACACGCCUGCGCAGCCCGCAGCGUCCGCAGUAGCUGCAUCACGCAGCGGCAGCGGCGGCGGCUGCUACAGCCUUCACAGCGGCGGCUGCUACAGCCCGCCGCGGCCGUUCCCCUUCCUGCACCUGACGCACCUGGUGCUGGUGCCGUGGCGGCCCGGCGUGCGGGCGGCGGAGCUGCGGCAGCUGCUGGCGGCGCUGCCCCACAUGGCCGGGCUGCAGCAGCUGCGGCUGGCGGCGGCGCCGCCGCGGCUGCUGGGCCGGCAGGGCCUGGGCCUAGGCCUGGGCCUACAGCCGGCGCCGCCUGGGCAGGUGCCGCCCGGGCGGCCGACGCCUGCGGCGGCAUCUGAAGCUUGGGGGGCGCAGGCGAGGAGUGGAGGUGAUGGUGAGGAUGGCGGUGGCCUGGGUGGCGAGCCGACGGUGGUUGCGCCGCAAAUGGCGAGCUCUUCCGGAGGGUGCGGCAGCAGUGGCAGCAGCAGUCGUGCAGUGGCAGGCGGUAGCAGCACCGGCGGCAGCGGUAGUGGCGGCAUCGGUGGCAGCGGCGGCAGUGGCAGUGGCGGCAUCGGUGGCAGCGGCAGCAGUGGCAGUGGCAGCAUCGGCGGCAGCGGCAGCGCCGGAGGCGAGACUGCGCUCGCGCGCGCGGCGGCGGCUGCCGAGUCGGCGGAGCGGCGAGUGGACGCGGCCUGGGUGGCGGUGGCGGCGUGCGGCGGCGACGUCGCGGCGGUGUUGGACGCGGCGGCGGCGGUGGCCAAUGCGGCCCUAGAGGACGCCGCACAGCGCAUGCAUGUGGCAGCCGUGGCGGCGGUGGCGGCGCAAACCGCGGCGGCGGCGGCGGCGCUCGCCGAGCGUGCCUCGGCCCGCAACCGCGCUGCCCGCCGCCUUUCAAACACCCGCAAUGCAGCUGACGGCGGCGAUGUUGCUGAAGGAGGUGGUGGUGGUGGUGGAGGCGGUGAUGAUGGUGGCGGGCUGCUAGGCUCAUGCUGGCGGUGCGGCGGCGGCGGCGGCCGCAGACCUCAGGGGCAUGCACCGGACGUGGCGGCAGCGGCUGCGGCGCCGCCGCAGCAGCAACAACCGUUACAGCAGCCCGAGCUGCAGCCGGAGCUGCCGCCGCCGCAGCCGCCGCAGCCGCCGCAGCCGCCGCAGCCGCCGCAGCCGCCGCAGCCGCAGCAGCCACAGCAGCCGCAGCAGCCGCAGGAGCGUCGCGCGCCUCUGCGGGCUGAGGAGAUACUGACGGCGGGCGAGGGCAGUGCGGGCUCCAACUCGUUCAUGCUGGCCAUGCUGGCAGGCAGCCACGCCGCCGCCACGCUCACAGCUACGGCCGAGGCCCAGGCUGCCGCUGCUGCUGCUGCUCCUGCUGCUUACUUCACCGACUCCCUCAGCAGCUCGCAGCUUGACGCUGCGGCAGCGCAGGAGCUGCUGCCGCAGCCACUGCCUCCGCCGUCGCAGCUGCUGCAGCUGCUGUCUCAGUACUACCCGGAUGACCGCACGCAGCGGCUGGCGCAGGCGCACGACGACCUCAUGCAGCAGGUGGUGUCGCCGGUGCUACUGCGCGAGGCGGCGGCGCGGCUGGAGGCGCAGCUGGCUCCGGCUGGCGGCGAGCGGCUGCGGCUACAGCUGCGGCGGCUGGCGGCGCUGCGGCGCCGGGUCGGGAUCGAGCCGCCGCCGCAGCGGCUGCAGCCACCGGAGCAGGCAGCAGCAGUCGGCUUCAGGGCGCGGGCGCCGCCGCGCUUCGCGCCCCUACACGACACCCUGGCCUGGUCGCUGCUGCGACGCACGGCCGCCGAGCUGGUGGCGGCGGCGGCGAGGGCGAGCAACUGCGACAGCCUGGACGACGCCGAGCUGCUACAGCCACUGCUGGAGCUACUGUUGCUGGAGCAGUGGAUGCAGCCGCGGCCGCCGCGGCCGCCACGGCCGCUACAGCCGCUACAGCCGCCGCCACAGGAUCCGCACCCAGGGGUUGGGGCUGUGCAUGCGAAUGUUGCCGCCACGGCCGCCGCCGCCGCCGCCGCUGACGCCGCCGCCGCCGCCGCCGCCGCUGACGACGAUGCCGAUGGUCAUGGGCAGGUGCAGGAGUACCUGCUGGGGCAGUACCUGGCUCGGGCCCGGCUGGAGGGCCCCGCCGGCUUUCAUCUGCCGGCGGCGGGGCUGGCGUCCGAGCCGCCGCCUGUGCCGCGCGGCCUGGCGGCGGACGCGGCGGCGGCGCUGCUGGCGGCGGUGCAGGCGGUGGCGGUGCCGCCGCGGCUGCUGCUGCAGACCGGUGGUGCUGCAGCGGCUGCUACAGCGGCGGCGCCGGCGGUGGUGCCAGGACCGGCAGCAGUGAAGGGCAAUGUUGCGGGUGGGGCUGCGGCAGCGGGGCUUGGGCCGGCGGCCGACACCGAGGUAGAGGCCGCACCUGAGGCUGCUGUCAGCAACAGGAUCCAACCGGCGACUGCUGCGCAGCCCGACUCCCGGGCGUGGCCGCCGCGGGAGCACGUGGGUGAGGGCCAGCUGCCGCCGCCGCUGCGCGAGCUUGUGGCGGGCGCCGCGCGCUCCAGCUACGGCUGCGGCUGCAGCAGGGGCGGUGCGGGCAUCGGCAGUAGCAACAGUAGCGUCAGCCAAUGUGGCGGCGGCGGCGGCGGCGCGUCCACAUCCAUGGCAGCGCUCGACUGCAGCAGCAGCGCUGGCGGUAGCAGCAGCCGCGGCUGCAGCUACAGCUACAGCCCCGGUCAUAACAGCAGCGGCAGCGGCAGCAGCAGCAGCUACAGCCCAGUGGCGCCGUACGCCCUCCAUCGGCAUGCUGGGUGCGCGGCGCCGGCGCCACUGGCAACGGCAGUAGCAGCAACGGCCGCCUCAGCAGCAGCCACACCGGCAACGCUGCUACAGCCGCCGCCGCCGCCAACGGCGCUGCUACAGCCGCCGCCUCUGGAUCUGGUGGUAGAGAAGCUCACGCUACUGCCGGGCGGGCGCCUGCUGCACCCCUCCGUGAAGCCGCUACAGACGCUCGUCUUCCUGCCGCAGCUGCGUGCUACUGCCGCUGGUAUUGCCGCCGCCAGGAGCGCCACCCAGGUGUCGUGCGAGCUGCUGGCGGCGCUGCUGCAGCUACAGCCGGCCGCCACCGCAUCGCCUAAAGGUCUUGAUUACUCUGCUAACACAGCAGCGGCGUGCAGCUUGGGCGGUGGCGAUGGCGGCGGAGGGCUGCUACCGCCGAACACGCCUUUUGCAACUGCUACAGCCCUGGCCUCGGCGGCAUCUGGCGCCUCCGCCGGCGCCGCAGCCGGGCGCAAUGCUACAGCUGCAUUGCAGCCGACAGCAGUAGCAGCAGCCGUGCGCCGCCGUAUCAACCUGGUCCUCGGCGGCUGUACCAACAACAGCAGCAGCAGUACUAGCAGUGGCGGCGGCGGAAGUAGCGGCCACGUCCCGCCGUGGCACGUGGCGGACGCCCACGAUGCGGCGGCACUGCGGCGGUUGUUCGCCGCUGCAGCGCCGGCGGCGAGCACGCUACUGCCGCGGCGGGCGUUUCCAGGCGGCUGUAGCAGUAUUGCUGACGGCGGCGGCGGCGGUUGGCACCUGCAAGUCCUGCAGCUGCAAGUGGAGGCGUACUGCUUCUGUCCCGCCACGGUUGCGGCCGAGCGGGCGGCGGCAGCAGCAGUUGCAGCUGGCGGCGGAGCUGGCGGCGGCGGCGGCCAGGGCCGAGGACAGCAGCCGCAGCCGCAGCCGCAGCAGCGGCAGCAGCCGCAGCUGCAGCAGCCGUCGGUGGUGUGGCCGGUUCUGACGGAGCUGGCUGCUGCUUUGUCAGAGUUGGGCGGCACACUGGCCAGCCUCACACUGUACGGCCGAGCUGACACCCCCGACCUAGCGCGCCUGGGCCGCGGCCGCCCAUUACCACCGCCCCAGCCGCCGCCACCGCACGGUGCCCGCCACCCCGCCGCCGCCCCUGCACACCCAGUGCCGCCACUGCCAGCGCGGGCUGCGGUGGGGCCGUCUGGUGAUGAUGGGACGGCUGCAGCGGCGGCGGCGGCUGCAGCGGCGGACCCGCACGCGCACUUCUGGCGGCUGCUGGCGGCCCGCGGCGGCCUGCCGCGAUUGAGCUGCCUCACACUGGAGGGCGACAUCCCCUUCAGUCCCGAGGCCGCCGCCGCGCUGCCGCUGGCCGCGCCCCAGCUGCCGUACCUGUGCCUCUGGCUGCAGCACCACACCUGCCGCUGCCGCUUCCGCUGCCGCCUGCCACAGCCCCCUCCAGCCCCACAACCACAACCACAACCUCCUGCACCACCGCCACCACCACAACAACAACAACAACAACAACAACAACAACAACAACAACAACAACAACAACAACAACCACCGCCGCCGCAGCCGCCGCCACCACCCGCCGCCGCCGCGGCAGCGGCAGUAGCACCCGCCCCUCCUCCUCCUCCUCCAGGGCCUCAGCUGCUGCGGGAUGCGCACCUGUGCGCGCUGUUUGGGCAGCUGCGGCUGCUGCGGGGGCUGUCGGCGGCGGGGCUGGACCUGACAGAGCAGCCCCUGUUCGCCGCCGCCGCGCCGCCGGGGCUCACCGCCCUCACGCUGCUGCGCCUGUCGCCGGGUUGCAGGCCGCUGCAGUCCACCUUCCCGCGCCUGACGGACGUGUGCAUACGCGACUGGCCCGCAGCCACCCGCCUGCCAGCCCUCACCACACCCGCCCAGCCCGCGCCCACCCACACCACCACUUCUCCUCCCACCCCACCAGCCCUCCGCAACCUACCCAGCCUCGGCCUCGCCUCAACCGGCUUGGGCCUGUCGCUGACCCCUCAGCUGUCGCCUGCGGCUCCGCCGCCGCCGCUGCCGGCGUCUCUGACGGCCAGCCUGACGCGGCUGACGCUGGUGCCGCACAGCCCCUACACCGCGGCGGAGGGCGGCGCCGUGCACGCCAACCUGUUGGCCCUGGCGCAGAUGACAAACCUCAGGGAGUUGCGGCUGGAUCAGUUCCGCACCCUGGCCGGCACCUCCCGCACACUGCAGCAGGCCGUGCGCCACCUGCCGCGCCUGACGCACCUCACACUGGCCUGCUCGCCAGCCGGAUUCGCGGUCACGCCCGCGUCGCCGCCGGGGCGCCGCAGGGGCGGCAACGCGCCGCGCGUGUUUGACGGCCUGACGGCCCUUGAGUCGCUCCACGUGGACGCGGCCCACAGCGACUGGGACGUGCUGGGCUCCGUCGUGGCCGCCGCCAGCACCCCCAGCUACAGCCACAACGGUAGCGGCAGUGGCGGCAGUAGCAGCGGCGGCGGCAGCCUGCAGCGGCUGCGCAUCCUCCGCCUGACGGCCGUCUGCCACGUUGAUGCCGCCAAGCUGACAGAAGCGCUGGCGGUCUCGCCGGCCGCCGCCGCCGCCUACCAUGCAUCGUUGUCAUCGCCGCCUCCGUCAUCGCCAUCAGCAGGAUCGGACGCUGCCGUAUCGCGCCCAAGCAAUAGCAGUGCCAGCGGCGGCGCCGCCGGGGACGCCAGUGCUGGUAGCAGCGGCAGCAGCCGCGCCUGCUGCGCGUGCGGCGGCUGGCGGGUGUCGCCCGCCACCCCGCCCCGCGGCGCCGCCGCGCCGCCGCCGCCGCCGCCGGGCCUGCCGCUGUCGCUCCGGCGUCUGGUGCUGGCGGACUGCCGCGGCGUGGGCCUGGACCAGAGCGUAUUGGGGCUGCCGGCGGCGCUGGGGCCGGCCAGGACGGGGUUGCUGGAGAUAGAGUGGGUGGCGCGCGACGGCGCGGCUAGUGCGGGUGAGGGGUCGGGUGAGGAGUAGACGGUGUCAAGGUGGUUGCAGGAGGUAGCGUAUGCUACCUCAGAUUCUUAGGUCUUAAUGCAAACACGUUACGCGUAAAUGUGUGAUGCUCGCGUGCACAUCGCAUGGCAUUGUGGCACGUUGCUGUGCUUGACAUGCAGUUUGCGGGAAACCGUGUCGAGCAAGGUUUGGAUCGAGGUUUGUUUGGCGCGGGCUUUUGGCGCUCUGCGGCAGCGAGGCCUGCCUUGAAGACAAACAAUGCAAAGUACUGUUGCAAGUUUCGAUAAGUAAAAUGAAGAGUUGAUGCAAAUCUGCAAGGACUGUUUCUUCGUUUGAAAGACAUUUCCCGACUCG